AGGUUGCAGUGAGCCAAGAUCGCAUCACUGCACUCCAGCCUGAGUGACAGAGUGAGACUCCGUCUCAAAAACAAAACAAACCAAGUUGCAAAAGCCCUGGGAUGAGAAAGAGCACACCACAGUUGGGCGAAAGAGCAAGGAGAGCUUCAUGGGUGAAGGAGAAGAACGGUGGUUGAACAGGUUGAAAACAUAGGCAGAGCAGGCUUUUUUCCCGAGGUACCUAGUGUCUGAGCGGCACAGACGAGAUCUCGAUCGAAGGCGACAUGGCGGACGUGCUAGAUCUUCACGAGGCUGGGGGCGAAGAUUUCGCCAUGGAUGAAGAUGGGGACGAGAGCAUUCACAAACUGAAAGAAAAAGCGAAGAAACGGAAGGGUCGCGGCUUUGGCUCCGAAGAGGGGUCCCGAGCGCGGAUGCGUGAGGAUUAUGACAGCGUGGAGCAGGAUGGCGAUGAACCCGGACCACAACGCUCUGUUGAAGGCUGGAUUCUCUUUGUAACUGGAGUCCAUGAGGAAGCCACCGAAGAAGACAUACACGACAAAUUCGCAGAAUAUGGGGAAAUUAAAAACAUUCACCUCAACCUCGACAGGCGAACAGGAUAUCUGAAGGGGUAUACUCUAGUUGAAUAUGAAACAUACAAGGAAGCCCAGGCUGCUAUGGAGGGACUCAAUGGCCAGGAUUUGAUGGGACAGCCCAUCAGCGUUGACUGGUGUUUUGUUCGGGGUCCACCAAAAGGCAAGAGGAGAGGUGGCCGAAGACGCAGCAGAAGUCCAGACCGGAGACGUCGCUGACAGGUCCUCUGUUGUCCAGGUGUUCUCUUCAAGAUUCCAUUUGACCAUGCAGCCUUGGACAAAUAGGACUGGGGUGGAACUUGCUGUGUUUAUAUUUAAUCUCUUACCCUAUAUGUGUAGUAUUUGAGUUGCGAAUAAAUGUUCCAUUUUUGUUUUCUACAUUUAAUGUUACUUUCCUGUCCUAAAAUUGAAAGUUCUAAAGCAUAGCAAGGCUGUAUGGAUCAUUGUGAAGAUACUUCUAGGGACUGAACUCUAUGUAUUUCUUUUUUUUCUUUUUUUUUGAGAUAGAGUCUUGCUGUGUUACCCAGGGUGGAUUGCAGCUGAUCAUAGCUCACUGCAGCUUCAAACUCUUGGGCUCAAGCCAUCCUUCUGCCUCACUGUCCCUAGUAGUUGGGAUUAACAGGUACAUGCCACCAUGCCCAGCUAAAUUUUUAAUAUUUUUGUAGAGAUGGGGUCUUGCUGUGUUGCCUGGGCUGGUUAUGUGAGUUUCUAUAUUAGACAUAGUCUCAAGUUUCAGGUAGGGUUUAAAGUAGAGACACUGGUCAGUGUUUCUUUUUUAGGGGGAACUAGGAGAGCAGGAGUAGAAGUGAGAUGUUAAGAUCUUAUGGCACUAAAGACUUACUAUUCUGUUCCUACAUACUCUGUUAGGAUCAGAUAGAUGUUAUAGAAAUGCCUUUUAUUUCUCCUGCCCUUCUUGAUGUCACAGUUUUUUGUACUUCCAGCUGUCUAAAGGCAUGAAUCUCCUCUUGGAGCAUUCUCCCAGACCCUUCUUUAGAAGAGUCUAUACUAAGUUCUUGGUGCCCUCUUCGGCAGCCAAGGGUGAAGGCCCCAUAGAGGAGAGGAUCCAAAGGAGCAUUGAGGAGGCCCAAGAGGAAAAGGAUGUGGCUCAGGUUGGGAGGGACUUCAGUUAGCAUGGUGGGGGAGAACCCGUACCACAUACCCAGUAGGUAAUAAGGUGUCCAGCAGAGGAUGAAGGUCAGCAAGAUAAGCAGGGCCAGUCUCAGGGCCCGGAGACGAACACGGGGACAAUUGUCAAAGGAAUGGGGGAGGGCAAAUUCACCAGCAGGGGCUAGGAAUUUAGAAAAUAUACUGUAAUUCAGACACUCAGCUUCUGAUCUGAGUAUAGGGUGAAUUGAUGGAGGGGCAUAGCUAGUGAGACAGAGCUCGCCUCCUACAAGGAGGAGAAUGUUGCAAACCGUUUUCCCCUUCCCAACCUGGGACUAUAUGAUUUCUUACCCCCAGGGAUUAUGAUAGAAAUAUGAAGCCACCAAGUCUAGACUUGAUGGUGUUCAAGAAUAAAUAAUACUGAUUGCCUCCCUAGUCCUUGUCCAGCUAACUCAGCUGUUUAUAAUUGAAGGGAUUCAACAAAAUUAUCUCUAGCAUCAGGUGCUAGACAUGGUUAGAAUCUCACCAUGGUUUAGUGACUGGUAGAUAGCUAUUAGGUAGGUAGAUAAAUAAAUGAUGCUAGAGGCAACAGGUCUAGGGUUAAGGAUUAAGGCCUGGGAAUUGGAGUCUCACCAUGGCUCCCCUUCCUUGUCUGGGGGCUGGACACACUGAGGACAAUGCGGCUAUAGCAGAUGGCCAUGGCAGUCAGUGGCAGCAGAAAGAGGCAGCAGAAGGUGAAGAGGUUAUAGGUGGUCUCUUGUCAUUGAGCCUUGAAGCUGCCUUUGGUGACACACUGAGUGAAAGGGACUGGGCCAGCUCAGUGGACGGUGUGGAACAGGAACAGCUGGAGUGGAGUUGAGGACUAUUAGAACUGGUUCCCCUCACCACCCAACCUACCCACCUAUGUCAUACUGUCUCCUCCCAAUUCAUCCUUAAUUCCAAGUGAAGCAGCACAGUGCUGAGAAACAGUUCAUCCAUGGUGCCAUGUUAAAGAGGUUGGCAAUAUAUCUUGAAAAUCGUAUCUUCCUUUUAGGCUUGAAUAUGAUGCUGAACAGUAAGUUUGUUAAAUCUUGGAACUUAAAACAAUCCUGCUUUCUCAAGUACUAUUCUAACAUUGCGCUUUAUAAGGGAUGAUAUUUCUACCACCUCACUCAUAUUUUUAGCUGAAAUGAUUUUCCUGGUAUGUCUGUUAUUUUGUGGAAAAAGAAAUAUUGUGUAAAAUGGGUGCUGCCAAAAUUCCAGGCCAUUUUGCAGUGACUCUGAAGUGACCUUUAGUAGUAAUAGUCUUAUGUGCAGUAACUAUAAUGGUAAAGGAUGUUAAAUAAUAAAAUUUAACAUUUUCCAAAUGCUA